CAUCAGCUAAAUAAUUAAAAGUCUCUCCUGCUUCGUCCUCUGUUUUCCUUUCUGUUCUUCCCUCAUUUUCUCUACAUAACCGAAGCGAAAAAGCUUCAUUUUUUCUACGAGGCAUCAUUCUAAUGGCUUCAGAUUUUGCUUUCAAAGUUCCAGCUGAACUUGAAGCGGCUUUGCGGUUGAACUCAGUUCAUCACUAUGUGACAAAAAGGCCGUGGCUUGACCUUUAUGGAGUCAAUGUUAGACCUGUUGCACCAUUUGGAAGUAUGAGUAGAAAAGCAAAUGUUGAUCCAGCACUGUUACACCAGUACCUGCCUGAUGAGUUGCUCUUUGAGGUGUUUGCACGAAUGACUCCAUAUGACAUGGGAAGGGCAUCUUGUGUAUGUCGAAAAUGGAGAUACACUAUCCGUAAUCCUGUGUUUUGGCGCAUUGCAUGCUUAAAAGCUUGGCAGCUUUCUGGAGUUGUUGAAAACUAUAAGAUUUUACAAGCAAAAUAUGAGAGUUCAUGGAGAAAAAUGUGGCUUCUAAGACCAAGGGUCCGCACUGAUGGUCUGUAUGUGAGUAGGAAUACUUAUAUUCGCACUGGAGUUGCAGAAUGGAAGGUCUCUAACCCAGUUCACUUGGUCUGCUACUAUCGCUACAUCAGAUUCUAUCCUUCUGGCCGAUUUCUUUAUAAGAAUUCAUCUCUAAAAGUCAAGGAUGUGGCAAAAAUCAUGAACAUCCGUGCAGCCAAGGCAGACUCGGUUUUCAGUGGCCAUUACUCAUUAUCAGAUGAUAAGGUUGAAGCAGCAGUUUUGUAUCCAGGCAGGCGUCCGACUGUGUUGAGAAUCCGCCUAAGGUUAAGAGGAACAGUAACAGGGGCAAACAAUCGUAUGGAUUUACUGUCACUUGUUACAAGUGGUGUGAACGAUGAUGAGGUCCGUGGCCCUGAUGAGGAUAUCCUUGAGGUGGUUGAAGGAUGGCAGGAUGACGAGACUCACAACCCAGAUGUGCCAGCUGUCUCACACACGAGGGGUCUAACACCUUUUGUCUUCAUUCCGUUUGAAGAGGUGGAUACAUCAUUUCUGAAUCUACCUGUGGAAAAGAUGGAUUAUUUUGUGCCCGGCUGAUACCGUAGAAAAGAAGAGUAACUUCCUCUGUAAAUACACAGUAUUAUAGUCUUGAGCUUUACUAGGUUCCUUCAAUCUCCUUUGUAUAUAUAUCAAUAUAUGUUCCUACAAUGUUGACUUGAAGCCAUGUCACAUUAUAUCAGUUUGCUCUGGUUAUUUGCUUGUGGUAGUCAUUGUUGUUUGCUUGAAUUGUAGGUACCGAAAAAGAACAUUGAAUAUGAAGUGUGUUGUAAUCUCUUGAUACAAUAAUGUAUUCAACAAGUAAGUUAUGUAUUUGUAAAUGAUACAUUGGGCUUGAUUUUGCUGGAAGUUUAUAC